AGUGGAUUAAUCAUUGGUGAAAGCUGGUAAUGUUUGUUUUCAUCAACAAUAUUAGCGGCUGUUGAGUUACAGCCUCCUCCUGCUGGAAGCCUGCAGCAGGACUUUGUCCUCCAGAUGUGUGAGCGCAUUGUGCGGUGCAUCAUCCCGCCACUAGAUGCAGCUCGAGCACAGAAACACAGGCAUUUCUAUAUCCCCCCCUCUUUAUUUAUUUAUUUCUUUUUUCAGCUGGCCUACUUUUGACAUGCAUACAGAUUGGAUUAACUGCUCUUAUAGCGCAGCAGGGGAACAAAGUUUGACUCGUGAUUUGGUGACUUCAGGAGGAUGGGUGGACUCACAGUUUUAUCAUUUUUACUCAACUGCUGUAUUUCAGUUUUGCUGUUUUCCUGUAUAAAUGUAAGCUAUAAAAUAAGAAGUAUAACUUACUGAGCACUUGUGUAAAAGUGAAAUAAUUAACAGCGGGAAACUUCUCUGAAGUGGAUGAAUUAUUGUGCAGAAAGGCGCACUGCUGUUAACAGAUGGCUGAGGGCUUUCAAACUGAUUGCUUCUUUAGAGAGCAAAGACAAAGACCUGCAGAGUCCAGCAGUCCCCCAACAACUGGAUCAGUCCUAAUGAGACAGAGAGAGAGGGAGGGACAGAGAGAGCAUCUAGUGAAGCUGAGGAGUCAGAGUCGCGGUGCAGCAGAGCUCAUGUUCUCUCGAUAGCGCACAAACUUUCCAGCCAUGCACUUCCGUCCACUUCUGUCUGGAUUUUUAUCUUUAUGUGAGUGAGAUGUUGCCAAAUGUGAUCAUUUUGAUGUGCAUCCUGGGUCUUCAGUUGCGGCACUGUGCGGCUGAUCUAUGCAACUGGACUGGAAGCGGUUUUGCAGCUGCUGUGGACUCCCGCAUUGUCCUCCAGGUGCGGCUGCGCUGCACAGAAGGCUCGGUGAGGUGGAUAUAUCCAGGCCAGGCUCUCCGGGUGGUCCUGGAGCCCAACCUGUCCUCCGCCCGGCGCACCACCGUCUGCAUCAAACCCUCUCCCUCCUUCCGCGGAGCCAGCGUGUUCAUUGAACGGGCCGGGGAGCUGGAGCUGCUGGUGACGGAGGGCGCGAGGCCCGAGCAGCAGGUGUUCUGUUUCCGGGCAGACGGUCCGCACAGGCCCGCUAUCUACCUCCAGGCCAGCCCGCAGAGUGAUGGAGCCUGGAGCAGACGCACGAUGGGCUUCAGAUACGAGCUGCUGGGGAACCGGAGUGCUGCACCCAUGGGCCACAGCGGGCUUCAGACUUCAUGCCGACCCUGCAAUGAUACAGAACUCCUCAUGGCCAUCUGCAACAGUGACUUUGUGGUCCGAGGCUACAUCAAAAAUGUCACCCACAACUCUGAACGGCAGACGUCGUUGGUGGAGGUGGCAGCUGUGAGGGUGUACUGGCAACGCAGUGGAGUGUUUGAGCAACAAGCGGCUGCCCCUGGGUCACCUCGGUCCGUCCAGUCUUGGCGUGGACACAUCCAUACGCUCCUGCAGUGCCACGUGAAGCCUGGGGACGGAGAGUUUCUCUUCACAGGGUCAGAACACUUUGGGGAAGCUUGGUUAGGGUGUGCCCCACGAUACAAAGACUUCCUGUCCGUCUACCAGACUGCCUGGGCAGCGCGUCGGAAUUCCUGUGACUUCCCUUUAGACUGAGGAAGUGUGUUGUUUUAGCACUAUACUGAGCCCGGACAGUCUUUAUCCACAGGCCUCCUCACCCCUGGCACUGUGGGAGACCCUGUAAUGUUGUCAUGUGCCAGCAAGGUGGCAUCCAGCAUCACCAGCAGGGACGAAGCUAUUAAACUGCUGGUAGAAAACACAUUUUGAGGAGCAAAGCAGGGGCAAACAGCAGGGCCUCCUGCACUGAGGCUCAGAGAGGGCCGGCCUUUGUCUCCCUCCCAUCACUGCCUUCAGUCCUGGGAGACUGAGAAGGGGUUGGGUUGCUGCUUUCUCUUUGUGCUUCUCCCCACAUCAACCGUUGUUCACUUUACUGGCUCUGUGUGACAAUUGCCCCCUGAACUGAGGUGGGAGGGAAGGCUGAAGCGCAGCCAUUCAUUAUGCCCAGUUUGUCCAAGUGAAUAGGCUUAAACGUAUGAGUGAAGUUACUUUUAUUCAGAUUCAUCUGUGCUUAAAGGUGCAAUGUGUAAGACUUAGCCAGAAUUUUAGUUUAAAACAUUCAAAAACUGAACUAACAUUUUUAAGAAGAAGAAGUAAUAGUUUAGAUGUUAACACAAAAACAUCUUUUAUUGUGUUGCAGAGAUAUCAGUGAAAUUAGCAUGCUAACCAGCUAGCCAUAGCCUCUCCUCUCUUGUAAUACCACUUGUAUCUCGAGAGGCGAUAAUGAGGCAAUGUAGCAUCCGGUCUGCUCUCAGUCCGAUAUGGGAGGACAGAAAAGUCAAGUCCAGUAUUAUGGUGCGUUCAAUUUGCACUGGGAAGGUGGAAUGUUUAAGUUCCCAGAUGGGAAGUUCAAUUGGAAGUUCUCAAAAUCCAAGAUGGCUAUUUGCACAUCAUCAGUAGUCUUCGUUGUGUCUCAUUAAAACAGUCAUUCACACUUUACGGUCCAAAUUUAAUCGUCGACAUGUUGCCAUGGUGUUCUUAUGUGUAAAAUGCAGCGUAAUCCGUUUACUCUGCUACAACUGGUAUGUUAACAACAUCUUGAUGUCAUUCCCUGCUUCCACCUCCAGCUUCCAAGGUAAAUGGAACACAGCAGAGGUUUUUGUUGUUUUGAGAUACCUGCAAUCUCUCCCAACAUAAAGUUCAACCAUCUUUCUAUAUCCUUAACUUCCUCCUUCAUAAUUGGAAAAGCCGUCUUUGGUCCCAUUUUGUUUGCUCAGUGCAAUGUGUAUGUGGUCCACCCAUAGACUUAUAUAGAGAUGGACAACAUGACAACUCCCUAAAAGUGAAGCCAAAACAUUUCAAUCGCCCCCUGGUGGCUGGCUGCAGUAUAAGUCAUAGAUCCCGCUGCCUCCAUGGUAGUGGAUGGGAUGUGGGUGAAACUAAAGAAUCAAAGUACAUGUACUGUAGAAUAGAUUUUUCCCAGAGAUGGUUUGAGGGGUGUUGUCAUUCUUUAUAUACAGUCUAUGGGUCGACCAAACAGUGUCUGCACAGUGAAAGCACAAACAGAUUUCACAGUUGCUACCCACAUCAACACAGCUGGGCGCCAGGAACAGCCCAGCCCACCAAGCCAGGCCCAGCUGGCCAGCAGGCUCACCCCUGUUUGGUCAAAGUCUGUACUCACUAUUCAGGCAAGAGCAAGAAUAUGUCUCACUUCAGACAAUCUGACGUCAGGAGUCCCUGAUGCUGGUGUGGUUAGGUCAGCCACUUCAGGCCAGUGUGCAGCCAAGCUAAGCUAGCUACCAUUCGUAGCUCAUUCAAGUCUCUGAUCUUUAACUGUUGUCUCAGUCCAGACAUUGAUCAAAGCCAACAUAUGUAGAGUCUCAAACAAUACAAGGUCUGAGGUCUGAAACCUAAAAUCUAUUGUUUUUAGGCAAACACUGUUGAAAACUGGAGAGACACUCGAUGCACAGACAGUGCAACUAAUGACAACAUAGACUGUACCGAAAAACAUUCAGGAUGGUGUCGAUAUAUUUGAUGUGGCUGUUUUCUUGCUACUAUGGACUAAGUUUGGUGUAUGUAGCCAGUCAUUACACAUUGCACCUUUAAGUUUCAAAUCCUCUUUGUUUUGUCUAUUUAUGUGUUGUGCUCUAUACAUUACCUUUUACUUAAGGAUUAUUGUCUUUAUAAUGCAAAAUAAACCCU